GUUCAUUUAUUUUAUCAUAACCAUAACAUUAACCAUACAAACGAAUCAUACGGAAACCCAGCGAUUUACCAUUCAGAUCAGGGAAAAAUACUUCAGUGUCUUUAAACAAGGUUUGGAGUCAUGCAAUUUUACUUUAUUGUUUAAGAUAACUCCUUCAGUAUACAUUUUCCAGUAUCAUGGAGAUAAAAAUACAAAUGAGACCUUACAGCUUAUAUCGAGUAAAUUUCGAGAUCAGAUUAUAGCCAUUGAACCGGUCAGAGUAUACAAAAAUAGUUUAAACCUUGUUCCCUCAGAGCCAAAAGAUGAUGACAUUAAGUUAGGUUUGACAAACAUUGCUUGCAAAGAUUAUUAUAGGAUAGGAGUGUCAAAAGUAUGGGAACGAAAUAUUACAGGAGAGGAUGUUGAAAUAGCUAUUACUGAUAUUGGGCUGAAUACUGAUCUACUUGAUCUGGAACAAACUGUUAGAAAUGAAGUUUGUACGAACUUUUUGACUAAAACCUCAGAUGUGACAUCGGAGAACUUUCCUGUUUUAGUAAAAAAAGCACAGGCACUUUUACAUCAUGGAAACAACGUUACCCGUCAAAGUGCCACUACAAGGAAUAGCAUAUGCAGUGCUGCAGGAAUUGCCUAUAAUGCUACCAUUAAUGCAAUCAAGAUGUAUGAGUUUCCAAGUCAUAGCACAGCAUCAGAAGUGUCUCGUAAGCUUACAUCCGAACUAGAUGGAAUUGACAUUUGCAUGAACACUUGGUCACCUACAAGGCCGUUUGAUCAACUAGAUCUUGCUUCAAGGAGUGCCAUCGAGUACGGAGUAAACAAGGGUCGUCAUGGACGUGGGGCAAUAUACGUUGUACCGGCUUGUCCUUGUGGAAGUGAGUUGUCAAGUAAUAUUCAUACAAUUAGCGUUAACAGUAUUGGCAGCUUUGGGACAAAUACUUACGAGAUCAUUCAAGAUGCAAGCGUACUAAUAUCUGGUCUAAGACCUCGAGAUGGGAACAACCAUACAUCUUCAUCCAUGGUCGCAUCCUCUAACAAUAAGUGUGAAGAAAUUUUGAAUGGUGAAUUUGCUGCUGUAUCCCAAGUUUCAGGAAUAAUAGCACUAGGGCUUCAAGCAAAUCCGGCUCUUACAAUAAGAGAUGUACAACAUUUACUAGUGAAUGCUUCAGACUAUGAACGUUUAGCCGAAACAAUGCAUUUCAAAACUAAUGGAGCAAAUAGACACUUUCACAGCAUCUUCGGGUAUGGUAUUUUAAAUGCUGACAAGUUUGUCAUGCUGGCUCAAAAAUAUGUGCCGGUGCCGAAUUUGCAGUCAUGGACCAUAAAGAGAUACAAAGUCAGGACCUCUAGAUUCUAUACACAGAUUUAUGAAUUCUGCUAUAGUUGUCAGGUAAUACGUGAUCACUCAUGCUUAAUAUUUGUUGAACAUGUUACAACUACGAUCAAUUUCACAACAACUGCCGGCCGCAUGAAAACUGAAAUAAUAUCACCGAGUACAACUCGUUCGACAUUAAUGGAUUUGAAAAUCAAGAAGGUAUGAUAGACUAAUAAGAAACUGCGUUUGAUCUGGGAUGUUGUAUUUAG